AAAAGAAAUAUCGUUCAGGUGGAACUAGAAGAGAAACUUUCGACUUUUGUAUGCUUCCAAGCAGCUCUUUUGUACACUUCGAGCAAAGGGGAUCGGCGUAUACGCGUCCAUACGAUGUGCUUGCCUACCACUGCCGAUUUGGCGCAAGUCUACAACAACUUCGAUUUGAAGGCGACUGUGUCUCUCAUAGCAAAAAUUGGAGUAGAUCGGUCUUUGACCGGAUCUCCUCUGUCGGACAGCCGAGAGGCGAUCGUGAACGCAGUUGUGGAUGCGCUAGGUGCUUAUCAAAGAGCUAUGCGACAAGGCCGGGCUGGUGGACUGCUAGCUCCACGUCAUGGACAUCUUCGGUUAUUUCCAUUGUAUGCACUGGCUAUGCUGAAGCACACCUCUUUCUGUGCUGGUCGUAGCAUCAAGCUAGAUGAUCGCGUUGCUGCAAUGCUUAUGUUGCGGUUUUGUCCACUGGAACAAAUCCUCUCUGAGUUCUACCCUCAGAUGUACAGGAUCAACGAAAUACUGCAACAUUCCUUCCGGACCUAUGAUAAUGAGUUUUCGGAAAAAGUGCAUUCAUUCGUUCGGCAUGUUACUGCACUUAAAUUCUACUUGGGUCCAGUCAUCAUUGUGACAGAGGAAUCACCGAUACGCGAAAUAGUUGUGCGGCGCCUGGUUGACGAUCGCACCGAGUCGACACAUUCUUACGUGGAAUUUUUGCAACACAUCAAGCGUGAAAUCAAUUCAUGA